AUGGUACUCUACCUUGGAGGAGGCGUGACGUGGGCAAUGGGUAAGGAGGCAUGGCGCGAUAUGCAAGCAUGGAAACAGGUACAUGUGUGUGUGUGUGUGUGUGUGUGUGUAUACUUGGUUGGAGGGCGAUUCGCACUGGGGGCAGAGAUGGCGAGGGCGUCUGAUGACCGUGGGGGUGUGAAGCAGCGGUGGCCGAGCAGGAAACGUGUCGGGCAAGGCGUGCGAUUGGCUGCAUGGCUGGCUUGGUUCGUUCCCUGGCGAUCACGACCAACCCAUGGUGGUGGCUGCAGGGGAGCGAAGGCACUGGCCGCCAAGGAUCGACGUGAACCCAAAGCGUGGGCAGGCCAGGCAGGAUUCAGCAGCCAUUUGCACACGUGGAUCGAACGAAGCUGA